AUGAACAGCUUUUUGUUCACACUGACAGGCAUAUGUACUUUAAUCACCAAAGACUAUAUCAAAAAGGCAAAAAUGAGUCGCUCUUCCUACACACUAAUACUAAUUUUUUCUUUGUUUUCUCAAGGUAUUUUACUUUCAUCCUCCAAGUCCAUAAGAAAUUUAGAAGAUGACAUGGUAUUUAAUACAUUUAGGCUGGGGAAAGCCUUUCAGAAGGAAGAUACUGCAGAAAAAUCAGUCGUUGCUCCUUCCCUGGAACAAUAUAAAAAUGAUGAGAACGGUUUCAUGAACAAUGAGGAAAACAAAAAUUCAAAGAACACAGGCUUCAAACAUAAUUUCUUAAAUCAUGGUCUGCCACUGAAUCUAGCUAUAAAACCUUAUCUCGCACUAAAAGGAUCUGUAGCUUUCCCGGCUGAGAAUGGAGUUCAGAAUACUGAAUCAACACAAGAAAAGAGAGAAAUUGGGGAUGAAGAAAACUCAGCUAAAUUUCCCAUAGGAAGGAGAGAUUUUGACAGUGAGUAG